CUUGGCUUUUUCUGAGGAGAAGCAGAGCGGAGGGAGAGACAAGAGAGGCGCCUGCGUGGUCGGUGCCUGCGUGGCGUGGUGGCCGUGCCGUGCCGUCCCCUCUCCCUCUCUUCCUUUCGGCGCCGGCGGACGUGUCGGGGGAGGAAUGGCCGCGGCGAGGGCUCCGCUCGGGGCGGUCGCGGUGGCCGCGCUCGUCGUCGCCAUCUUCAUGCCGGCCGCGGCGGCGCAAGGGCCGGCGCCGGCUCCCACCAGCGACGGCACAUCAAUCGACCUGGGAAUCGCGUACGUCUUGAUGCUGGUGGCCCUGGUGCUCACCUACCUGAUCCACCCGCUGGACGCCUCCUCUCCCUACAAGCUCUUCUAAUCCCUGUUCGUUUCAUUUGUUGGACGAUGAUGUUAUGGAUCUGAUAGGAUUUUUAGCCAUGCAAGACGUUUAGGUGAGGUUUGGAGAUUUAGAAUGAACGUCAACAUCUGAUCUGAUGUUGGUAUGUAUGGUAAGUUUUUGGUGGUCUGAAUGCCUGAUUGGUUGUAUCGGAUUCCAUGAUCUUGUGCCCUGUUGUGCUUGCUGUUGGCCGUUGCUGGAUUCUA